GCAACAAACAUCACAGUUGCUGUUCGGCCCACCAUGUAUGUCAGCGCAGAGUAAAUCUCUGCCUGGCGGACAUAAACAUGCUCGGCCGCUUGCUGCGGUGCUCGUCUUGGCGAAUUUGGUAGCCUUUCACUUGCAUCGCAGUUGCACUUGGAACAGCAGUCACGACAAGACCGUAUAUAAGGCCGAUAGCGCGACUUGCUAGCCUGACCUCAAAGCUCUUGCAAUGGCACCUACCAAUUACGUCGACCGCCCUGUGCCCACCGUUUCCCUGGAGGACUUCGACAACCGCAUCGAUACCAUCACCAGGGAGCUAGUUGAUGCAGCAGAGAAUAUUGGCUUCUUCUGCGUCGUUGAUCAUGGGAUCUCACGCGAGUCUAUUGACCAAAUUUUCGAUCAAUCCGCUCGCUUCUUCAAACAGGGUGAAAGCAUCAAAGCACAAGUUCCUUUCUCACCUCGCCAUAACGCUGGGUGGGAGAAGAACUCUCAAGUCCGGCCGUCAACUGGUGUAGCUGAUCGCAAGGAGUCCUACCAGAUGCAAUUCGGGAAGGGCAUGGAAGGUCGCUGGCUUGGGGAUGAGACGUUGCCAGGGUUUCGAACGGAGGCUCUCAGCUUCAUGCAGCAGGCACAAUCUGUCAGCGAGAAGCUAAUGAUUUGUCUCGCGCGGGGGCUCGGUUUCGACGAUGAUUACUUUAUCAGGGCACACGAUGUCACUCGUCCAGAGUCUCAGACAGUAUGUCGACUGUUACACUACUUCGAAACACCAGAGUUACCAAACCCUACCGGCGAGAUGUAUCACAGAGCUGGAGCGCAUGCAGAUUGGGACCUGUUGACUCUGCUGUUCCAGAAGGCUGGCCAGUCUGGCUUGGAGAUUUGCCCCGGUCGUGAGGUGUCUACGUCAUUCGGCUAUGGAGAUGCUUGGACAAAGGUGGAGCCAGACAGUGAGAGAAAUGCGAUUAUCUGUAACGUGGGCGAUCUGCUCAUGUCGUGGUCGGACGAUCGCUUCAAGUCCACAUUCCACCGCGUGAAGGCGCCCUGUGAACACGGCGACUACUAUGGCGAGCGCUACAGCAUUGCCUUCUUCAAUCAGCCGUGCCGAGAUGCGCAGAUCCAAGGCCCAUUGAAGAAGUAUCCCUUGGUCACCGGUGAAGAGUUUACAAGAAACGCAAUGAGCCGUAAUUUCAAGAGCCUCCAGGACAAGCUCCGAAGCGAGCAGGUGGCGAAAGCUAGAUCAGAGACGCCCGUCACGUUGCAGCUGAGCGCGACAGCAUAGCCAAAGAAUGAGAAACGGAGAACCUAACUUCUGAUAGCAACUCGGUCUUCUCAACUCUAUCACUGAUCAAAGCACGGAAGCGUCGCAUAUUAACUUGUUAGGUUCUGCACACGCAUCCUAUCAUUACGAAUGACGGUACGCUCUAAUACAAGUUCAUAGAUCGACAGAUCGGUGCUUCUACAAGGCUACUCUACUUCAGCAGGAAGGUUAUGUGCGGAGCCUAGACCAAAGUUGACGUCUUUCAUUUUUCACUCUUCCUAGCAAUCUCGACUAAGAAUACAUCUUAACGGCUAUCUGAACAGCAUCAUCGACGUCGAGCCGAGAGCUAGUGGUCACCAACCUGUCCUCCCACUUCAGAGCAACAUCAGUGCUGGCAACGACUCUU